CUAGGGGUUCCCCAGACUCCGGUUGGUGCACAAUGUCAUGUAAUUUAGCCAGGUCAUUUGCACCCAGUUCGCAAUUUGCCAAAGUUAUUUUCUCUCGCCAUGGCCGGUAAAGUGGUUGCGACCCUCGUCCUGUGCGGCUGCUACGCCGCGCGCACCGAGAUGCGCGCGGCUGCGGGGGCUGAGGUGGAGGUGGAGGGGGGCGUGCCUGCGGUCAUCAAGCGCGCGCUGCGGAGCGUCAAGGGGGACGCGCUUCUGGCUGCAUCUGCGAAGCUGGGAAACGUCCAGCUCUCGCAAAAGGCCAAGACGGCAGGCACUAUCGAAUCGACAGAGGAAAGCGAUGACAAAGGCGUUGUCGGGGCAUUGAAAGAGGUAAACGGCGAGGACGUUGUGAAUUUUGGCAAAGCGGCGUUCGACAUGGGCAAGGAAGCCCACAACGGCAACGUGGAGGACGCGCUGAAGCAACUGCCAGGCGUUGUGCAGCAAGAUCAGAUUUUGACCGCAGCGGCAGCCUUUCUUGCGACGCGCACCAAAAUCAUGCUCCUGCAGGGUUCCGCAGUGAAAAACACAGAUGAAGUCAAGCAGGCCGCCGCGGACUUCCAGAGCGACAUAGAAGGUAUGAAGAAGGUGUUGGCAGACUUUCAGGACCUGAGGCUCACACACACCCUCGGCGACGCGUACUAUUGGAUCGAGUCCGUGGCCUGGGCGCCCGACGGCCGCCUCGCGGCGGGGAGUCGUGACAAAAAAGUCCGAGUUUAUGACGAGGACCUGAGGCUCACACACACCCUCGCCGAUGCGGACUGGGCAAUCUAUUCCGUGGCCUGGGCGCCCGACGGCCGCCUCGCGGCGGGGGGUCUUGACAACAAAGUCCGAGUUUAUGACGAGAGCUGUACUACAACCCGCUGAAGCAAGGGUAAUUUGAAGGACUGACAUUGCAUCGAUUUCACAAAAUUUUGCCUGCGGGGAGGACUGCCUCCCCCUUCAAAUGUUGAAGAGGCAGUGGAUUUGUUUGCAGAACAUUCUGCAGCCAUCGGAUACAGCAAUGAAACAAGGUUGUUGAGACGUCUCUGACGCUGCAGGCGAAACAACAGCUUGGCCAGCCAACUGGGGCUAGUGAUCUGCCCGGACGGUUCGCUUCCACACAAGGCAUUGUCAAAAGCAUGGAGGGCGCGUGAGUUCAUGAAUCGGUGCGUGUGGGAGUGCGUUUCGGAGUUCGUUUUGUUUUUUUGGGGGAGACUGUUCCAGGGGCAGCGCCCAGCUUUUCUCCAGUACGUUUUCACGCCUCUCUGCUAAAUUCAAAAAGCCGAUUGGAAUAAUCACCUUGAAGGCCGGCAAAGGCCUGCCAGCUGCCUUGCUGAGCUGAAGCGAUGUCCCUUCAAACAAGGGAAGAAGGGGUACUGUGGAUGGUUACACAGUCCCUUCAAGCACCAGUUGGGAUGGAUGGAAC